AUGGCAAAAAGGAAAAACUCCACUGCCGAUGAUAAUGAUUUAUCUUCUGAAGAUGCACACCCUCAAUUUGGAAUUUCUAUUCAAGAAUUAGAAAAAUUGAUGCAAACACGAGGCCAUGAAAGUAUUAAAGAACUUAAGGAAAUACAUGGUGGUCUUAGUGGUAUUGAACAAAAGCUCAAAACAAAUUUAAUAACCGGUUUAUCUGGCAAGGAAAUUGAUUUAUCAACACGUAUAGCUACCUUUGGUCGUAAUGAAAUUCCACAAAAAUCACCACUAACAUUUCUUUGUCGUAUGCGUGAUGCUUUGAAAAGUUGGACACUUAUUACACUUAUUAUAUGUGCUAUCAUUUCAUUUGCCUUAUCAUUUUAUCACCCAAGUGAAGAAACACUUGAAACUAAAAUAGAAACAAAGAAAACAAAUGUUGAAUGGAUUGAAAGUGCAGUAAUUAUUAUUGUUGUAUUGGUUGUUGUUCUAGUAACAGCAUUUAAUGAUCGGAUAAAUGAACGACAAAGUCAUACUCUUCAAUCAAUGAUUGAACGUAAUCAAAAAUGUAAUACUAUUAGAGAAAGUACAGUACAACAAAUUCCAAUAAAAGAUAUUGUUGUUGGUGAUAUAUGUGAAAUUAAAUAUGGAGAUGUAUUACCAGCUGACGGUAUUGUUGUACAAUCAAAUGGUCUUAAAGUUGAUGAAUACUCCUUAACUGGGGACUCAGAUUUAAUUAAAAAAAAUGAAUCAAGAGAUCCAUUUCUUCUUUCAGGUACAAAUAUUGUGGAAGGUAGUGGUAAAAUGUUAGUUUUGGCUGUUGGUGAACAUAGUCAAAUGGGAACGAUAUUCAAGUUACUAGGCGCAAUCAAAGAAGAAAAUAAUCGUGACAAAAGAACAAAUGCUAAUAAAAAACAAAAUACUACUGUCGAUACAGACGUUAGUGAACAUCUAGUAAAAUCAGAAUCGGUUGAAGACGCAAUUAUUAAUAAGCAUAAUGCAAGUGCAUCACAAGAAGUUAUACCUGAUAAUGCCAACCAAACAAGUAAUGAGGAUGAUCCUAUUCGUUUUAAAGUGGAAAAACAAUCAGUUUUACACACACAAUUAGCAAAAUUAAAUAUUCAAUUUAGAUAUGCAGGAAUGAUAAUUAUUAUUUUAACUAUACUUGUUCUAUUGGUUUUAUUUUCAAUUGAAGAAUUGAUUCAACGAAAUGAAUGGGGUUAUAAAUACUGGACUCGCAUUGUACGAUAUUUGAUCACUUGUAUAACACUGUUCAUCCUUAUUGUACCUGAAAGUGUAUCAUUAGUUGCAACAUUAUCAUUAAGGCAUAUUGCUAAAAAAAUGAUGAUAGAUAAUAGUUUAGUUCGCCAUUUGAAUACAUGUGAAACAAUUGGUAAUAUAACGACAAUAUGUUCUAAUAAAACAGGAAUAUUAACAACAAAUUAUAUGACUGUUGUACAAGUUUAUGUUGGUGAAAAACAUUGGACAAAUGUUGAAAAUCCCGCUAAAGCUAAAGAAAUUAUUAUUCCAGUUAAUACAAAAGAAAUUAUAUUUGAAGGUGUAUCUGUUAAUAGUAGUUAUUUUUCACACCAAUUACCUUCAAGAAAAUAUGAAACAUUAGCAAAACAAGCUGGAAAUCAAAUUGAAUGUAGUUUAUUAGGUUUUGUUGGUGUUCUAGGUGGAAAUUAUGAUGAAAUACGUAGAAAUUAUCCAGAAGAAAAAUUCGUUCAUGUUUAUAAAUUUAAGUCUGCACGAAAAUAUAUGUCAACGGUUAUUCAACGACCUGAUUCAAUUGUACGUAUGUAUACAAAAGGUGCAUUUGAAAUUAUUUUAAAAAAAUGUAAAACAAUAUUAAAUCAUAAUGGAGAUAUUGUACCAUUUUCAAAUGUUGAUUAUGAUUGUCUUGUACAAACUGUUAUUGAACCAAUGACAUGUGAUGGUUUACGUACAAUAUGUAUUGCAUACAGAGAUUUUUCAUCAGAUGAUUUACCUGAUUGGGAUGAUGAAGCUAACGUCGUUGAUCAAUUAACAUGUAUUUGUAUAUUUGGUAUUGAAGAUCCUGUACGACCUGAAAUACCUGAUGCUAUAGCUAAAUGUCGAAAUGCUGGUAUAACAGUACGAAUGAUUACAGGAGAUAAUAUUAAUACAGCUCGAUCAAUAGCACUUAAAUGUGGUAUUAUAUCAGCAAAUGAUGAUUAUCUAGCACUCGAGAGUAAAGAAUUUAAUCAAUGUAUAAGAUCAAGACCAGAUGGAAAAGUUGAACAAUAUUUAUUUGAUAAAAUUUGGCCAAAUUUACGUGUAUUAGCUCGUUCAUCAUCACAAGAUAAGUAUGUACUUGUGAGAGGUAUUAUGGCAUCAAAAAUCAAUCCAAUGCGAGAAUUUGUUGCUACUAUUGGUAGUGAAACAAAGGAUGUUUCUGCUUUAAAAGCAGCUGAUGUCGGUUUUGCAAUGGGUAUACAAGGUAAUGAUCUAGCAAAAGAAGCAUCCGAUAUAAUUCUUCUUGAUGAUAAUUUUAAUUCAAUAGUCAAAGCUGUUAUGUGGGGACGUCAGGUUUAUGGUUUAAUAGCAAGAACAUCUCAAUUUAAAUUAACUAUUAAUUUUGCUACUAUACUUUGUGUUUUUAUUGGAGCAUGUAUUGUAAAAGAACCUCCACUGUCUGUUGCACAAAUAUUUUGGAUUAAUUCAGUUAUGACUACAUUGGCAUCAUUAGCACUUGCUUCUGAAGUAUCAGCAGAAGAUUUAUUAACAUGUAAACCCUAUGAACGUACACGACUAUUAAUAUCUCAUACAACAAUGAAAAAUAUUAUUGGUCAUAUUUUUUAUCAAUUAGUUGUUAUAGUUUUUAUUUUAUUUGCUGGAGCUAAAAUAUUUGAUAUUGAUGAUGAUCGUUCAGUUGAUAGUAUAUAUAAACCAUCUAAACAUUUUACAAUUAUAUUCAAUGUAUUUGUCUUAAUAAAUUUAUUUAAUGAAAUAAAUUGCCGAAAAAUUUAUGGUGAAAAAAAUGUUUUUCGUGGAAUAUUUACACAUUCAACUUUUUAUGUUAUAUGGAUUAUUACAUUUGUUAUACAAAUUGUUCUUGUUCAAUAUGGUUCAUUUCUAUUUUCUUGUGUUGCAUUAACAUUUAAACAAUGGAUGUGGUGUCUUCUCUUUGGUGUUUCGGUUCUUCUAUGGCAUCAAAUAAUUAAUUUGCUCCCAACGCCACGUUAUAUGCCGAAAUUGGAUACACACGAUAUUGAUGAACCAGCGUCACCGAACAUGUCUUCAAAUGCAGGUAUGUAA